AUGGCGGAUUCAUUUGUAGGAAUUAAUUAUUACCAUGGAGAUGCAUUGAGAAAGAAUCUUUUAGUUUGCUACUUUGCCAAACCAGCCUCUCAUAGUUCUAAAAAGACCGAGCUCCAUAACGGAAGUGGAAUCUCUGCCGCUGGAAUUCAUUCAACAUUAUCUGGUGGUACUGGUGCUGGAGGUGGUGUGGGACAAUCGUCAUCGCUGACAACCCACGGACCUGGAGGGCGUAUCCUGUCACGAGGUGAGAUGUGUUUGCCCGAGGUGCAAGUGUACCUGGACCAAAAAGGCACCUAUGAUUUGGUGGCCGAAUUAGUCAUGAAGUCGUCGUUGCCGCCCAACGUUUUCAUCGAAGCGUCGGCCGAGACGAGCGCCAUCUUCUUCAAGGUGUUCCACGACAUAGUGGCCAAAAACGACCGAAAUGGCCUCGGCGGGCAACAACAAGCUCCAAGACAAUUCCCAAGAAAUGAAGGAUCAUUUCCCGUACGACAUGAAGAUGAAACAUCAACGCAUGAUGUCACUGUAGGGGAGCGCAUGGAUCCUUACAGUGACUCGUGGAACAGCUCCAGGUUGGAUGAUUCGACUACAACUACGUUGAGUAGUGUCAACUCGACGCUGGAGGACUUGGUGAGACAACAACAACAACCCAAAUCGUUAACUACGGCAACUGAUUCGGACAUGGAGUCCAAGUUGUCCGCCAAGGUUCUCGUAAUGCUGCCCAUCUUCUGCUUCCUGCAGUUGCUGUGUGAGAAUCACAAUCGAGACCUGCAGAAGUUUUUGCGGGCCCAGUCCAACAAAAACCGUUACAAUUUAGUGUCAGAGACACUCAUGUUCCUCGACUGCAUUUGCGGAUCGACGACGGGUGAACUGGGUCUGCUCGGCCUCUACAUUAAUGAGCACAUCGUCACUCUCAUCAACCAAACCAUGGAAACAUUGACGGAAUAUUGCCAAGCACCUUGUCACCAAAACCAAAUCUGCAUCGCCACUCACGAGACGAAUGGACUGGACAUCACCACGGCUUUUCUUCUUACCGACAUCAAUCCAUUAGGACAACGGAGAAUGGAUCUUGUUUUGGAGUUAAAAAACAACGCCUCCAAGUUGUUGCUGGCCGUCAUGGAGAGUCGUGGGGACAGCGAGAACGUGGAAAGGAUCCUGUACAUUAUGGAUCCUCGCCAAUUGGUGAACGUUGCCUGCAAAGCCUAUCACCAAAAGUUGGUCGGUGGAGAAGAGGCAUCCAGUCCCAUAGAAGUCGGCCACAACAUUAACAUUUUGUGCCAUCAGUUGGUGCAGCACAACAAAGAAUUGGCCACCCAGAUGAAACCGCCGCCAGUGGACGGAGUCAGUGGUGAUAUGGCCCUGCAGUACUACGCCAAUCACAUGGCGCAAAUCGAAAUUGUCCGUCACGACAGGACGAUGGAACAGAUUUUCUUCCCCAUUCCAGAAAUGAGCGACUAUUUGACCAACGACACGAAAGUGCGCGUCUUCCACACGGCGGAGCACGACGACCAGGGUUCGAAAGCUGCCACCUUCUUCGAAGGAGUCGACGACAUGUUUGACGAGAUGAAAUGGCAGAAGAAAUUGCGUGGACAGCCGUUACUCUUUUGGGUUAGCUCGCACAUGUCCAUCUGGAGUCAAAUCCUCUUCAAUUUGGCCGUCAUUAUCAACUUGAUUGUCGCCUUCUUUUACCCGUUUGACACUGACGGACCGGCUCCUGAUCCUCGCACUCACCUCUCAGGUCUCAUCUGGGCCGUCAUGCUCCUAUCCGCCGCUGUGGCCAUCACGUUACCCAAACCGUCGGGUAUUAGGACUCUCGUCAUGACAGUCAUCCUCCGGCUUAUUUGCUCAGCCAGCCCUAAACCCACACUGAUGGUCCUUGCACCGCCACGGUUGUGUUGA